CGCAGCCAUUGACCCGUCCAUGGGCCGCAGAUAGCACUAAACACCCAUAGCGAAGGCCGUCCAGAUGCGUGCCGUUAUACUGCGACCCUCAGUCGUCCGCUCCCGUCUCUGCCUUCGACCACCUCACAUCCUCCCCAGAUACACCUCAACAGCCUCGACGGUCUCGGAAGCCACCACAAAUGGCCGCUCCCUUUUGACCCGCACCAAGAACCUCGUUCUCGGCACGUCCAUAGCGCUCGCUCUUUCCUUCGGAUACCUCUACAUCACCGACACGCGCGCUAGCAUCCAUCAGUGGUUCGUUGUGCCUGUCCUUCGGCUGGCCUAUCCGGACGGCGAGGACGCCCACCAUGCCGGCACGGCCGCCCUCAAGACGCUCCACAGCUUCGGUAUCCACCCUAGGGAGCGUGGCAGCCCGGACGCGGCGGGCGAUCUGGAAGUCGACGUCUUGGGCCACAGGCUGAGCAACCCCAUUGGCACGUCGGCCGGCAUCGACAAGGGCGCCGAGGUGCCCACGCCGCUGUUCGCCCUCGGCCCCGGAAUCGUCGAAGUGGGAGGCGUCACGCCGCUGCCCCAGGCCGGGAAUCCCAGGCCGCGUGUGUUCCGGAUGCCGUCGCAGAAUGCCCUCAUCAAUCGAUAUGGCUUCAACUCGGAGGGCGCCGAGGUGGUGGCCAUGCGGCUGCGCCAGCGACUGAGAGAGUUUGCAUACCACAAGGGCCUUGGCAUUAACGAAGAAGCCGAGCGCAUCGUUCUGGAUGGAGAAGCCGGUGUUCCCCCAGGCUCCUUAGUACCCGGCCGUCUCCUCGCUGUGCAGAUCACUAAGAAUAAGGACACUCCCGAGCAGGACAGCGAAGCCGUCUCUCGAGACUAUGCCUUCUGCGUCAAACACCUGGCAAAGUACGCCGACAUAAUCGUCGUCAAUGUCUCUAGCCCCAACACUCCUGGCCUCCGGUCGCUGCAGAAUGUCGAACCCCUAACCCACCUCCUGACGAGCGUCGUUCAAGCCGUGAAGCAAGUUGAUCGGAAGACGAAGCCAGCAAUCAUGGUCAAGGUCAGCCCCGACGAAGACUCAGAGGAGCAAGUAUCUGGCAUUUGUGAAGCCGUAUGGAGCUCGGGUGUCGACGGCGUUAUUGUGGGCAACACGACGAAGAGGAGACCGAAUCCUAUACCAAAAGGCUUCGUCAUGCCAGAGAAAGAAGCGAGCCUCCUCCUGGAACAAGGAGGAUAUUCUGGGCCACAAAUGUUCGACAGGACCCGUGCCCUUGUCAGGCGGUAUCGAAAAACACUAGAUGAUGGCCCAAAGCAACUUCUGCUAUCCGCAGUAUCGGGCCAAGACAAGCAAAUCCCUGGGCCGCCGGUAGGUGAUUCCGUGGAAAGCUCUAUCAAAGAGAAGCCGGAACCAACCAAGAAACAGAUCGAAGAUGCCUUAAGCUCAGCUACAUCCACACUGCGGAGUGACUGGACAGAAACCCCGGGCGAAUCAACCCCGCAGUCUUCCAAUAUAGAUAAUAUGAGUGUGUCUGAUCCAUUGCUGUCCCAUUCAUCCCUCUCAAAUCCUCCUCCCACUCCUCUGCCCUCGCCCCAACGCAAAGUGCUCUUUGCCACUGGAGGCAUCACAAAUGGGAGACAGGCUCGUGAGAUUUUAGACGCAGGCGCAAGCGUCGCUAUGGUCUAUACGGCGCUGAUAUACGGCGGCGUGGGCACAAUAAGCAGGAUCAAGGAGGAAAUGAGGGAGGUUGUGUAGAGGAAACAAUUGUCUCCCACAGUUGUGUAGACCAUUGUAUAAGCUAUAAAAGUAUAUAGAUUUCCAUAGAUGUUGAAUUUUGA